AUCUCAAAUUAAUAUUUCAACCGACCCACUUUUUUGAAUCCACAAAAAACACCCGCCACCAUGUCCAGCUACGAUAAAUAUGCCACCCCGUUGUCCUCGCGUUAUGCCAGUGACGAGAUGUCUAGCGUCUUCUCCUUAAGAAACAGAUUCUCCACCUGGAGAAAGUUGUGGUACAAUUUGGCCAUUGCUGAGCAGCAGGUUGGUUUGAAGGUCAUCACCGACGAGGCCAUUGAACAAAUGAAAAACCACCUUGAAAUUACCGACGAAGAGAUCGAUAGGGCCACCAAAGAAGAGGCCAUUGUUAGACACGAUGUUAUGGCCCAUGUCCAUGUGUUUGGUGAAGUAUGCCCCAAGGCUGCCGGCAUUAUCCAUUUGGGAGCCACUUCGUGUUUUGUCACCGACAACGCCGACUUGAUCUUCUUGAGAGACGCCUAUGACAUAUUGAUCCCCAAGUUGGUCAAUGUCAUUGACAGGUUAUCCCAGUUCGCCUUGGAGCAUAAGGAUUUACCAGUGUUGGGAUGGACCCAUUUUCAACCAGCCCAGUUGACCACCGUGGGCAAGAGAGCCUGUUUGUGGAUCCAAGAGUUGUUGUGGGACUUGAGAAACAUGGAAAGAGCCAGAAAUGACCUUGGGUUAAGAGGUGUGAAGGGUACUACUGGAACCCAGGCUUCAUUCUUGUCAUUAUUCCACGGGGACCACGAUAAGGUCGAAUUGUUGGACGAGACCGUCGUCAAGUUGUUGGGUUUCGAACACGUCUACCCCGUGACCGGCCAAACCUACUCCAGAAAAAUCGACAUCGAUGUGUUGUCUCCAUUGGCUUCUUUUGCAGCCACCGCUCACAAGUUUGCAACCGACAUCAGAUUGUUGGCCAACUUGAAGGAAGUCGAAGAACCAUUUGAAAAGUCUCAAAUCGGAUCUUCUGCCAUGGCUUAUAAGAGAAACCCAAUGAGAUGUGAAAGAGUGUGUUCUUUGGCCAGACACUUGGGUUCGUUGAUGAACGAUGCGGUUCAAACGGCUUCGGUUCAAUGGUUUGAAAGAACCUUGGAUGACUCUGCCAUCAGAAGAAUCUCCUUGCCUUCUGCGUUCUUGACGGCCGACAUCUUAUUGUCCACCAUGAACAAUAUUACCAGUGGAUUGGUGGUGUACCCAAAGGUUAUUGAAAGAAGAAUCAACAGCGAGUUGCCAUUCAUGGCCACCGAAAAUAUCAUCAUGGCUAUGGUUGAAAAGGGUGGUUCCAGACAAGACUGCCACGAAGAAAUCAGAGUGUUGAGUCACCAAGCCUCUGCUGUGGUUAAACAGCAAGGUGGUGAUAAUGAUUUGAUCGAAAGAGUGAAAAACACAAAGUAUUUUGAACCAAUCUGGAACGAUUUGGGUAAGUUGUUGGACCCAUCGACGUUUGUGGGUAGAGCUCCUCAACAAACCGAAAAGUUCAUCAAGAACGACGUUGCCCAGGCGUUAGCCCCAUAUGGCCAUGUUAUCAACAGAGCUCCAGUUCACUUAAGCGUAUAGUUUUUCUCUCUCAAAUAUUUAAUAAAAAUGAAUCUAUGAACAAUAAUGUACAACCCUUUCGUAAUAGUCGUUAAAACCAAAUCCACGUCUAUCUUGGAGAACCAUGGACUCGAUUUGGAGAGACAUUUGCGCUUGCACGCAACAAGUCUUCCUCUGCGAAUGAUUCUGUAGCCUCUACGAGUACAUCGAGAGGAUUUCUCUCAUGCAACUCAGGAAGUGAUAAACUCAGGCUCAUGCCAUCAGCCGCUUUAGUUCUACUUGAGUGGAGUGGAGGCAACAAUAUUUUUGAUCGAGAGCUUUUAAUUGAAAACGACCCAAAUUUUGCAGCCACCAAAGGCUCUUGUACCACCAUACUCUGUUCCUUUAGUUGUCUCACAAGGUUCUGGACAAUCUCGAGCGUCUCAGAAUACUCAAACGCACAGUACACAUUCUUGUAAAAGGGAAGUUUAAUGUCGACUACUCCAUUGAUCAUAUCCCGCUCAAACAUCCGCUGAUCGACGUACAAACAGCUAUCAGCACAUCCGGGGACCAAGUAUAUCUUCAUGUCACUCUUAUAACGAGGCCUGGCAACCACCUUCUUGAUGAAGAUAUUGGAAGGCACAUCGUCCACUGUUCCAAUCGAAUGGGUAAGCUCAUCAGAGAACUCUUCGUCGUCAAUCAAGUUCAAUUCUCCCGGUUUAGCAGUCUCAAUCUUCAAAAGGACCAGCCCAUCGGAGUCUUUAACAGUAGACCGGGUGACUCUAACCAACGUAUAUUCAUUCACACCAAAUAACGUGUGGACGGCCGUGUCCAAUGAGUUGAACGUAGCCAAUGGGUGGCCUUUGCUGGAGCGAGGCCGGUCUUUACUGGAUGCUUGGGUGAACGUCUUCAACACUUUAUUUGAAAAGACCGACAAGUCUACCAAGUUGUUAUCGAUGAGCUGCACCGGCUUUGCCUGCAAGCGAACAUCUGCCAAGUGCUCAGUAUUGUUGAUGAUCAGGGCCUGGGUUUCACCCGGUUCAUUGGAGUGGUACACCAGCAAAGUCUGUUUGCGGUUUGCGUGCGGAGUCAACCAAUUGUACAAAACUAACAAGUUGGGAGCCAACGUCAACUUGAUCCUCAAUCCCGCCUCAAGUGACUUCAUGUGAAGCUUCGAGCCGUGGGUGGUCAGGUCUUUGGACGUUGAUUUUCGCCGAACCGAUAUUUGCACCAACUCCUUUGCAAGGAGCCGUUUGUUGAGAAUGGCUUUGGGAACAACCGACAGCCUCUUCAACAGGUGGAAUCGCAGACCGUCUUUGGAGCGUUGGGCCAUUUCCUUUUCGAUGUUGUGCUCGACUUUAUCAGCCACUCCAAUCUCAGGUUCUAUGUCCAACUUGGAGAAAUCGGGCCCAUCGGCACCGGACAGCACCGACGUUCUGGAGCUGCUGGCAGUGU